CCAGGGAGUGAAACACACAUUCAGCUUUAGCAGUAUGAUCAGGGACAUUGUCCUACUUCAAUGUGAAACGCCAUCCAGUGAAAUUUGAGGCAUUUGAUUGGAUCAAAACAGGAACACCUCGCCAGGUUACAGUCACAAGAUCUUAAUAAGGCAUGCAACAAAAAGCCGUGAAGUAAUUGGACAGUGUGUUUCAGCCCCCUGCCUGGCCACAGCUUCUUAAAGGUGACAUCCGGUUACAAAGCCAGCCAGAGCUGCAGGGCUAUGCGUGACCUACAAACAGCACGGGGGAGAAAGCAGAACAUGUAUGCAUUUGCCACAGCAACCUGGCUAAUCCUGAUUUUGUUUGUACGGGACACAGAGACCAGCGCUCAGGUUGUCCUGAUCACCGAUCCGCAGAGGUCAAACGUGAUAUUACAGGAGACCGUGUAUCUCACCUGCGAGGUCAGGAAUUCAGCUCUUAGCAACCGAUGGAAAUUGUCCUGGAAGAGGCGAAGAGGAGGAGUAGAGACCACACUCUCCUCCGCUGCCGGAGAAGGGUUCUCCGCCUACUUCCUGAAUAAGGUGGUGCAGUCUGACAGUGCUCUGUAUUGGUGUGAGGCAACAGCUGGAUACCGCAGGAUGAUCAGCUCUACGCAUUCUCUGACAGUGACACCCCCACCGCCCGCCGUGCUAACUCUGGAGCCUGCCCGGGGGACCUUCUACCCCUCCGAGAAAGUCACUCUGAAAUGUGACAUUCAGAACGGUCACAUUCGGUGGACUUACCUGUGGUUCAGGGACAGAGCUUCGCUGGGCGGCGCAGGCUCCGGCAGCGGAAGUGAGUUCACAAUCCCGGCUCUGGAUCUGUCGCACGGGGGGAGCUACUACUGCAGAGGGCAAACACCGGGACGAGCCGUUUACACUGAAAAGAGCGACUAUGUGACGCUGGCGGUUGACGGGAACGCACCGAAACCCCUGCUGACCCUGGACUCCCCCAGUGGAGAGGUCGUCACAGGAGACACGGUGACCCUGAGCUGCAGGGUUGGCGCAGAUCCUGCUGGCUGGAAGUAUCUCUGGUACAGAGGAACACAGACAGCAGCACUGACCAGCACUGACUCCAGCAGCACUGACGGGCCCAGGUACACCAUCCGCUCUGCUGCGGAGUCACACAGGGGAGAGUACUGGUGUCGAGCAGGGAGAGGAAGCGACCCUUUCUACACCCUCUACAGUGCCUCUCUCAAACUCGACAUUACUGCUGUCCCCCCCAUGGUUCUGACUCUACAAACCGGAUGGACAAACAUCUUUAACGGAGAGGGAGUGACUCUGCACUGUGACAUCCAGGACCGCUCUCCUGUGUGGAUGUAUAGAUGGUACAGAGAUGGACAAGAACUUCCUGUGGACACGACUAAGGACGCCUAUGAGAUCCUGUCUGCUGAUCAGUCGGACUCAGGAAUGUAUGCAUGUAAAGGACAGCAUAAAGAAAGAGUACUGUAUACUGGCAGCAGCAAUAUGAUUGAACUCAGAGUUUCUGGGAAUGCACCCAAACCCUUGCUGACCCUGGACUCCCCCAGUGGAGAGGUCGUCACAGGAGACACGGUGACCCUGAGCUGCAGGGUUGGCGCAGAUCCUGCUGGCUGGAAGUAUCUCUGCUCAUCCUUCGACUGA